UAAAUGUAUUUGUAAAAGGUAGCCUAUUAUUUUAUACAAAAACAAAUGUCUUAGACCUUGUCAAACGUCAGAAAUAAUUGUGUACUGCUUGUAGGCAGCUACUGUUGUAUGGAGAACAAAAAGCGGAAUAAUUUGCACAGCCGCGAUCUGUAUUCGCGUUACAAUCUACACUAAUCUACCUCUUGUUUUCAGACUGCAGCAGGAGUAAAGAAUUGGCUGGAAGAGGGUAUAUGGGACCGGAUGGGGCCCUCCUCUCUCUUUCCCUCUCCCCUUCGUAUCUGUCGCCUUUACUGUGUUUACAUUAUAGACACACCCCUGACCUUCACCCAGGCCCCCUCCGCUGGCCCCACCACACACACACACACACACAUAUAUCACCAUUUACACCACAUACCAGAGCUCUUAAGUGCACACAACCGUGAAUGAACAAAUGUCAUUUAAAUAGCCAAAUAAGUGGGUCGAAAAAAAAACCCCAGAUUCUAUCUCGGUGAAUGGCACAGAGUAUCAGCAAUAUUUGCCCAGUGUGGUCGUGUAGUGGAGGGUUUUAAUCGUCUAUUUUUAGCAUACUCGGCAAUCUCUCAUGCAUUGCAAAUGUAUGGCAAGAUCGCCAUGCAGCGGAAUUGCUUCCCAGCCUACCACUGUACUGCAGAGUAGACACACCCCUCCAAUACGCACGCCUCACUGCACACAUUUGCAAAGUGUCAAAGAAACAAUGAAACAAAAUGUAUAAAAUGGAAGAUUAAGGACCAGACGGGGCUCAUAUUAUUGUUUCCCCCGCGUGAUAUCGAUGGGGAUGGUGUUGUGGCUUAUUUAAAAUUAAAAUAUAGGGCUUAAAGCCCGUAGCCGCAAAACAAAGACGCUUCGGUUCAAGAGAGAGAAACACGACCUCAACGGGACGGUUUCCACCCAUUGAGACACCACAGCGUGUCUAAUGUUAGCCCGGUAAUCCCCUCACCGGGUGUCCGCUGAUUCACAGAUCAGAGGCAAAACGAUGUUGCCUUAAAGCUCACGCGGUCAAAGUUGUUUACCUCUUCGUUACCUCUGACGUCACGACACACCCCUGUUUGAGGGGGCGGGUCUCCGCCGUACGGGCACCGGAACCCACCAAACACAGCCGGGCUGGGCCGAAAUGUCACCAAUCAGCGCACGGGAGACGCGCCGAGCCCACAUGUGAUUGGUUACCGGAGGGGCUGGGGGGGAAAUCCCUCUUUCCCGUAGAGGACCUGAAGAGGGGGCGGUGCAUAACAAAAAGUAAUGGCCAUCUAUUUGGGUCCUGAAGAAGGAGGGGUAUUUCUCGUCGGACUACCGUAAGGUGUGAUUGAGUUUUAUUCAUGUUAGCGCGUACGUUUGCCCGUCAGUGAUACCGAGCUGCGCCUCAACCGGUUUUCCGUUGAACAUCCGUUGGCCGCGGUUAACGGUUAACGGUUAACGAGCUGGCUGAACUUGGUGCCGCGUUUUAGGGUUAAAGCAGCCAGCUAGCCACGCUAACGUUAGCUAACUUACUACCAGCGCCGCGGUGUGAGCCAACGUCUGGAAGGGCGUACGAGUUUGACGUUUUCUCCCCAAGUCUCCUCACAUUUCUGAGUUUAGUGCAACGCAGUCCUCUCCCUCCCUGUAGCUAACCCAACCAGGCAACAACAUGGAGGGGACACACUUUGCACGAGCAUGAAGGCGACGAGAAACGGCGACUAAAGAGGAUUAAAAAGAAACUCGGUCUUGAUGGGGAAAAGUUGAGCUGAGGAUUAACAACUUGGGAUAAACGGAAGAAAGGUUUCAAGUCUAACCUAUUGUACAAGGGCAUGCUAAAACCUCAGUAAUGGAAUCCACGGUUGUGAGUACGUCCACUCUGGCCCCUGAUGAGUUCGACAGGAAUGUGCCGCGGAUCUGCGGCGUGUGUGGUGACAAAGCCACCGGCUUCCACUUCAACGCCAUGACCUGUGAGGGCUGCAAGGGUUUUUUCAGGCGCAGUAUGAAGCGCAAGGCUGCCUUCACGUGUCCCUUUAACGGCAGUUGCACCAUCACCAAGGACAACAGGCGCCACUGCCAGGCAUGCCGGCUCAAACGCUGUGUGGACAUUGGCAUGAUGAAAGAGUUCAUUCUGACAGAUGAGGAAGUGCAGAGAAAGAAGGACCUGAUUCAACGGAGGAAGGACGAGGAAGCACAGCGUGAAGCGGAGAGGGAGGCGCGGCGGCCCCGGCUUACUGACGAACAGAGUCAGGUCAUUGCCACGCUGGUGGAGGCGCACCACAAAACAUAUGACGACUCCUACUCUGACUUCUGCCGCUUCAGGCCUCCUGUGCGUGAGGGCCCAGUGACGCGAAGCGCCAGUAGAGCUGCCUCUCUCCACUCUCUGUCUGAUGCCUCCUCUGACUCCUUCAGUCACUCUCCAGAGUCUGUAGACACCAAAAUGAACUUCAACAACCUGCUGAUGAUGUACCAUGAGCAGGGCAGCAGCCCUGACUCCAGCGAGGAGGAGGGCUCCAGCUUCUCCAUGCUGCCCCACCUGGCUGAUCUGGUCUCCUAUAGCAUCCAGAAGGUUAUUGGCUUUGCCAAGAUGAUCCCUGGGUUCAGGGAGCUGACUGCAGAGGACCAGAUUGCUCUGCUCAAGUCCAGCGCCAUCGAGGUGAUCAUGCUGCGCUCAAAUCAGAGCUUCAACUUGGAAGACAUGUCCUGGAGCUGUGGUGGGCCUGACUUUAAAUACCAGAUCAGUGAUGUCACCAAAGCGGGCCACACUCUGGAGCUGUUGGAGCCGCUGGUGAAGUUCCAGGUGGGCUUGAAGAAGCUCAACCUGCAAGAGGAGGAACAUGUGCUGCUGAUGGCCAUCUGCUUGCUUUCUCCAGAUCGCCCAGGUGUGCAGGAUCACGCACGGAUCGAAAUCCUCCAAGACCGACUGUCAGAAACCCUGCAGGCCUACAUUCAGCUUCACCACCCAGGGGGACGGCUGCUUUAUGCCAAGAUGAUCCAGAAGCUGGCCGACCUGCGCAGCCUCAACGAGGAGCACUCCAAACAGUACCGCUCGCUCUCCUUCCAGCCGGAGCACAGCAUGCAGCUCACCCCGCUGGUGUUGGAGGUGUUCGGCAGCGAAGUCUCCUAGAGGCUGCCUCUGAAACCUCAGCGGUAGAGAGGAAGCUGGAGACAAGAGCCCUGGGUGUAAAAAUGGAGGGAGAGAGCUAUGGAUGUGCUGGAUGGACUAAAUGGAGGUGUGGAGUAUGAAGCACGUGGAAGAGAGAAAGUGGUGUGUGUGUAUGUCUGUGUCUGCGUGCAUGUGUUGGGUGUGUGGUUUCAUGUUUGUCUCGUCAAAAGAAGUCUAUCUCGGUUUAAAGGCCAAGGUUGUGUGGAUAGCAAGCAGAUAUUAAGAGAGACAGUUAACAAGGAAACUUCAUAUAAUACAAAUUAAACUAUACACACAGUACAACUUCUGCCUAUAUACAGUGUUUUGUCUGUAUUUAAAUCAACAAACAGCUGCUUCAAAUGCCUGGACAUUUUGUGUGUGUACGUGACGUGCACACACCAACACAACAAGCAUACUCAGUUAUUCAUUUAGCCAUUCAGUUGAGCUACCUCUUGGUUUUACUGGGGUUGUUUUAUAUUUACAUCACCUAUGUGAAACAGUAACCUAUACACAGAACAAUUUAGAUACAGUACGGAUGACAGUGCAAAAGCAGUGCCUGCACAUUACUUAGAAUUUUUGAUGUUUCAGAAAUCCUUUAUUUUGGUUUUUCAUCUGCUUCUCUCCAAGGCAAAACGUGUGUAUAUGACUGUGUAUACAAAUCAAACACAUGCCUUUCACCUUUCACCAAAGGUAUGGUCAACUACUUUCUCAAAAAGCUUCCAAUACCUAAAAAUAACCUUGCUGCUCCAUGGCUCAGUUCACGCAUGCAGGCGCUCGACAUGCUAGCAAGUUGUCUGCCUCACAGCCUAUGAAGGAAAAUGUCAUUGUUUAGGAUUACUGCGGAGUCCAGAACAUAGUCUGUAAUUUUAGUGAGGUUUUGAUAGGACUUUGGGGUGCCUGGUUUUGAGGUGAGAAUUAGCCACUAAAUGUGUUAGCUACUUUUUACACUGCUAACUGUCAAUCACGCCAAGCCUGCAUUAUGGCUUGUCACUCUAUUUUAAAAUUGUUUUUUCUUUCUCCUUUUCUUUCGUUUAAUUGUUUAUUUCCCUGUAAAUAGUUAAUUACUACCACAUGUAUCCUAAGCACUGUUAUACCACCUUUUACUCAAGCCUAUGUAUUGAUAUACAGUAUCUAUAUUAUCACAGAUUUUAAAGGGCUAAGAUGCCAAAUCUAACUGGAAUAGUAACUCGAGGCCAAAGCAAGGGGCCUAGACAUGGAUGUAAUUUCAACGGAUGCGUUUUGUUUUAUACGUCAUUUCACCUUUAAAAACAAUUCCAUGAAUUGUUCCUCCUCAGUAAACCGUGAGCUCGGUGGGCGGAGAGCUUGGGAAGCUGCUUCAGACCUCCACAGAUAUCACACCCCUUUCAUUUCUGGGGGAAGUGGAUUUUCUAGAAUGUCUGAGGGCCUGGUUGCAGUGGUGCGCACCUCUACAUCCAGGCCCUCCUGUUUGAUGAUGUAUGCUGCGCAGCCCUCUAGUGGCUGCAUUGUGUAAAUACCAGGUAUAUAUAUAAUAUGUCCUCCGCUGUACAUAGGGCUACAUAGAUAUUUCUCAAGGCUAAUUUUUUCAGAAAUAUAUAUGCAAACACAAUAUUGACCCUUUUUUGUUUUUGAUUCAUUAUCACUACGUCUGAGACACUAUGCUCUUUGUUUUGACUUUGAUCAUGUUAUAUGGUAAGAAUGAGUUAGAAUUGGCUUAAACAGGGAUUGCUUGUAUAUUUGACUCAGUCAAAUUAUUUGUUUAAUGGUGGGUUGAUGUAUUCGCCUAAUUCCCAAGGUUCAUUUUCAGACAGAGGACAAGCUAAACAUACCGUGCUGCUCUCUAAUAUAAGCCAUAUAGAUCACCAAGCUAGAUAUGCACCUGAUACAUUACAGUACAUCGAAAUGACUCCAGAGCCAUGGAUAUUCUCAUUAUAUAAUCUCUUAAACUCAUAUGCUAUUCAUCCAUGGCUUUUGGAAGAUAAGCUUCUUUAUGAUAGGAACUCAUAUGCCUUCUCUCUGCUGUCAUCUUUGGCUUAUGCUUCAUCAGACAGCAUCUAAUGGCUUAUAAACCAAACUACCAAGAGAAUUUAAAUGCUUAGGUUUAGAGGCCAGUAAUGUAUGGCGUGCUGCAUGUGGGAUUAUGGUUAAAAAAAUAUAUACAGUAAUUAUAUAUAUAUAUAUAUAUAUAUAUAUAUAUAUAUAUAUAUAUAUAUAUAUAUAUAUAUAUGAGAAGACAUGUCUUUUUAAAUUCAAGACAGUUCCCCAAAGAAGUCAAAUAUCUAUCAAGUUCAGAUGAUCUCACUAAAGGCAACUUGGCUUAAAGGAAAUAAUUUACAGAGAAGAUACAAAAGUCUCGAAGUUUGUUUUUGUCUUCUAAUUUCGGCGUGACAGAAGAUAUCUAUUAAAAUGGUUCCUGUGAUCGGCCAUAUGGGCCUCCUAUGUCAGACCAAGAGCCUCCUUCAUCUCAGCAGACCAGAGUUACUCUGUGAUCUUAGAGGAAGAUGGUGAGAGAGAGAGAGAGAGAGAGAGCAUAUGUUUGUUGUUGUGCUGCUUUAAUUUGUUCAACCCACAUGGGGUUUUCUUUAACCUACCAUAGGAUUUUAAGUCCAUUCUCCAUCACUGUGGCUUUAUUCCAACUCGUCCUCAGUCACUGUGACACCCUGAAAGCUGACAGUCGGGGAUGGACAUGUAGAUGAUGCAUAGCACAGAUCGUUAAAUCGUUUUUGGAUGUUUCCAUAUUCACGUAAUCGUAAUAAGUUUGGUUUUCUUCACGAAAAUCAUUGGGAUUAUUUAGUGUAUAUAAAUAUAUAUAAAUAAAUAUAAUUCCAUGUGUCCCACAAAUCUCCCUGCUGUGAUUGAACUUCACAGAGUUGAGGCUCGAGUGUCUUUAGGCAGUACCACUCAUAUGUAUAGUAUGUCAGUUUGAUGAGCGGUAUGAUGUGCUUGGUUACUGAACACUGACUUUUGAAGUUUUGAAAAGUCUCCAUGUUGAUUUUUCUCUGAAUACAUACUUCUGUAUGUAGAUAUGGGUUUGAUUUUGUUCUAUUUUGUGUUUGAGAUAGAGAUGCAGUGUUGAUUUGUGUAUGUUUAAUACAGUGGGAGGUUUGGUGAACAUGUAAGUGCCACGGGAAGAGUUCCCUCCACACACAAACAGGGUAAAAGAGGAGUUGCUCUUGGGGAUUUUGAAAACUGAACAGGAAGAGUCUUGAGGAUGUAUCAUGAAACGAAGUAGAUUUUGGUCAGUACCGCAUAGAGUCGGGGAGAUUACCUUACUUUAGGUUUUAUCAUAAGGAGGGAACCCCCUGUUAGCCUUUUAUGUUUGAAUAUAUGACUAAAUGUUGUUUUUAGGACCAUUAUCCCAUUCAAUUCCCCUCCCAACAUCCUGUACAUAACAUGCAAAUACAGUUAGAUCUGAAUAUGGUGCAUCCCCAGAGUUUCCUGUUUGGUUUUUACCACGGUAGGCUGCUCAGAAUCCGUAAGUUUUUAACUCUGCAUUGUGGUUGUUAAAAUACUGGAACUUGAAAACUAUACGUAAACGGAAAUCUCCCACAAAUUAGAUGGAUUCAUCUUUGGUGAGAUUUCCCUCAAUAUUGGCAACAUAACACGUUAACAAUGCCUGCAAUAUACAACUUAUGGUACACUAUCACCAGCAAGCUUUACAGAAUUUCAUGUUAGUAAACAUUUCUGAAGUUUUUUGUAUAACUGUUACCAUUACAAAUCCUGUCUGUAAAAACAUGUAUGGUAUCAUUCAUAGAAAACAGUUGGCCAUCUCCCAUGCAAAGUCUUUAUUUUUUAUUUUUUUGUUCUUCCCAUUAGGACAGGGAUUGUAAUGGAAUCAACUUAAUGUAGUUCUUACAAAAAGGAGUGUCCACAUGGAUGUACACCAUAAUCUACCUAAAAAACCUACCUCUUUUAGCUCAGAUUUUGCUUUAGCAUUAAGCAUUUGCCUCUGUUUUUACUUUUGUAAUAUUUGUAUUCAUGUUGGUAUUUAUUGCUGUCUAAUGAGUCAUACUUCAAUGAUUACCUCAGAGAUAUCUCACAGAUUUGGGAGAGUCCAGCUAAUGAAGUCAUUCAUAGUUCAUAGUUUGUUUUGUUGGUUUUUUUUUGUACAUUUUUUUUCUUCUCAGACUUAGCAUUGCCUUUUUUUUUUUUACGCACAAAAUACCAGGAGUGUUUUUAAUAUAGUGCCUGCACUCUGACCAACAGGGCUCAGACUGGCGAGAGUGAGGCUGCAUUUAUCCCCCAAAAAAUCCUUCUCUGUAUCUUUGUCCUUUUGCUCUAUCCUUUGGGAUAUCUCGGUAAUUUUCAGCAGCAGAUGCAAUUAAUCUUGUUGCCUGUGUUGCUGAUAUCUUCCUCAUCCUUGUAGUUCUGAAGGGCAAACUGAAGGGGGGGAACUUUAACGGAGUGAAUGCAGUUGUAAAAGAAGGAACAACCUGAAAGACUUUGUGGCAGGAGGAGAAACAAGAGGUGUGUUUGUGCUCCGCUUGGUACUGUUAGCAUGGUCUUUGCUCUGUAGUACACCAUCCUUACCAUGUCCCUCUUAUUUGCCAUUUCCUCCAUACCCUCUCUGUGUCUUCACCUCUCCUUCUGUCCUAAAGUCUGCUCCCGCACCUUCAUCAUUCCCUGACGAUGUUUGGUCUAAGAAGGGGAAUUAGGAGAAGUGAAAUCCUCAGUAUCCAUGCAAUGCUGCUUUUUAAUUCAAGCAUCACCAAGUCGUGUGUUAUCGACACUACAUAAUGCAGGCAUCGUCCAAAAUGUUGGCCCCUCAUUGGGGCGACAUUUGCCUCAUUGGAAGACCGUGUCUUUUGAAAUGAACGCAACUUAGUGGUGCUUAUUGGAAGAAAAAAAAAAUUCCUUUUGGAUUCUAUUAUCAUAUUAACAGAGCAACUACUCACUUUGGUGAAUUUAAACCAAGUUUUUUUGUAUUCAUGUCAAACUGCUUCAGGUAAACACUGAAUGAAAUAAGAGAGUUUUUAUUGAUCAGUGAAUACUGAGGAACAAUGUUGCCAUGGUCACAUCUACCCUGAGCUGUGUGCCAUAGUAUGACCCUUUUAAUGCAGGGGAGGGUGUUAAUGAAGCUGGCUUCAGAUGUUCCCCAGCUUAAUAUGAGUGAGAAGGUUGUCCGAGUAUUAGAUUGGCCUCUUUCUUAGUGAGAGUACAGCCAUGUGUAUUGAUCUUUUAUAAGGAGUAAAUUUGAAUUUGGCAUUGAAUUCUCACCCUGCAUUGUGAACCCAAAUCAUGCCACAUUCAAUUAAAAUGCCUGAACCAACAAAAGCACUUAAUGUAAUGUUUGUAACACAUGCAUACUGAUGAAUCUACUUGCCAUAAACUGCCUGUGUAGGUCAGCAUGAUAUGGCUCCAAUUAUCAAAAAAGUCACUUAAAUUCUAAUGUAAUUGCAAUUUAUCUUUUUGUCUCUUUUUUUUCAAAGAUCUUCUUUUUCUAUUAUAAAUUGGUGUUUAUGUAAUGUUAUUUUUGUCAGAUGUUUUGCAAAUCAAAAAUAAACAGUUGUACAUAGAA